CCAAAAUUUUAACAAUGGCCCGAAUAAAAUUAUCUCCUAAACCAUUGAUCUACCCAUUUCAAACUUUCCUUUCUUCCUCUUCUACUCCGCCCAUUUUCAGUUAAAAUUUUUAAGGGCACCCUUAAAACUCUGUUAAAAUUCAUACUUCAAUUAAAACCAUCACUCUCGUCGCCGCUUCCUCGGCUGUAUCUCUUUAUUCGUUCGCUUUUGCUACGGCGGCGCCGUUCGCUAGAAUCUCCUCUGAAAAACAAACAACGACGACGAAAGCUACGCUGAUUAACGAAGAUGCCGCGGAAACCAGCUAGGCAUCAUAGAUUGUUACCAGUUCGGCCUUUAACUUUCUCACCAUUUGCUCGUUCUGUUGCUCGAGUUGCUACUGCUUACCUGGUUAAACAUUACAUGCACAAUGCGGUGCAGCAAUCUGCUGGUGAUGAAUUUAAGGAGAAGUUAAAAAUCAUAGGCAGACACUCCGAGUCAUCUGAGGAUGAAGAAUUUGAUGGAGUUGUCCAAGCAGAUUUUGCAUUCUUUGACCCAAAACCAGAUGAUUUUCAUGGUGUGAAAACAUUGCUGCAAUCCUACCUUGAUAACAAGCAAUGGGAUUUGAGCGGUUUUGUGGACUUGAUAUUGGGACAAACCACCGUUGGAACUGUCGUUAAAUUAGAGGAUGAUGAAGACAAUGGAGUUUUUUCUAUAAUUACUGCCCUUAACUUGGGGAGAUACAAGGAUCACAAAUGUAUUACAGAGCUCAAGGAGUUCCUUCUUAACAUAUGCCAUGAGAAAGAUAAAAUAGGAAACUUGAGAUCACUUUUGGGAGAUGAAGCACAGAAAGUGGGUCUCUUGGUUUCCCAAUGUGUAGUGAAUCUUCCUCCUGAACUCUUGCCGCCUCUUUAUGAUGCACUCUUUGAUGAAAUUUCAUGGGCUACCGAAGAUGAGCCCACAGAGGAGUUGCGUAAUUCCUUCCGGUUCAAAUUUUACUUAGUAGUAAGCAAAUUUUACAAGCUGAAUCUACAGCAGAAGAAUGCAAAUCAGAAAAGGUCUUCAAGCACUGACAAAGAUGAGGCUUUCUUAUAUAUUAAGCCUGAAGAUGAGAUUUUGCAUAAGCUGAGCAUGUGGUCCUUCCUUUUUCCAUUGCAAACUCAACAGGUUGCAACUCAUGAGCUAAAAAAUUACCAGCUAACAGGGAUUGUUAUGGCUGUCAAAGCAGAAGACAUUUCCUCAUUCCGACAACAAUUGCAUGCUUUGAUAAAUGGAUCUUGAAUCUCGUUGAAAGAAUGCAAAAUUUUUGACACUUUAAGUACUGUAUUUGUAACUUAAACGAUUUUGCACGAGUUUGUUGUUCCGAUAAAUGUUGAAGAUGCAACCCGAUUAUGGAGAAGUUGCAGGAAGGUAAGAAUCAGACUCCAAUUGCAAGCAUAGCGAACACUCGGACCUGAUUUAGGUGACAUUUUUGUUGGAAUGAAUUUUGUUGUGAUAUAA